UGACAGAGUAGCCCUCGGGGCUGAUGAAGACGAAGCCCUCGAGGACAGGAUCCUCCGGUCUUCCCUCACAACCUGCAUUGCCCUCGGGGAGCAAGCCCGGCGGCUAGAUGAGUGGCGCCUUCGCAAGGCCGAGCAGGAGGCCAAGAUGCGGGAGCUCAUCCGCCAGAAUGCAGACGCUGUUCGACAGAUGGCUAUGCUGGAGGAGAGCCUUCGGCAGAUGACCCUGCGGGCGGAGGCCGCAGAUCGGGGUAGGGCAGAAGCCGAGAGGUCCGCAGCUGAGGCCUUGGAGAGAGCUGUCAAGGAAGCCGAGGCCGCGAAGGUGGAAGCCGUCGAGAGAGCCCGAGGGGACGCAAUCUCGGGGUUCUUGGCAGGGGGGUGGCGG